CAACAACUUCCUGUGUCACAGGGUGCCUGGGAGACGGAGAGCAAGGAGCGGGCAUACCAAAUCUAUCGUUGACGUUAUCAAAUUUUUUACUGUAAACGUAGCUUUUGGGUAUCUCAAGACACCAACGGCUUGCAGUGGAUCACUGUAGUGACCUUUGGAUCCAUAUUUAGCUCACCUAUUUUCUUAUGUUUCAUUCGACUUAGCUACCCAGUUAACGUCCACGACUCCUGCAAGAGCAGGCCCGUUCUCCAGGACGUUGCUUUAUCUGGUUAGCAAGCUAGCACACCCGAACACGUUUUCUUCCUGUUUUUGUCCGAUUACUUCGUGUUUUGAGACCAUAUUGCUGUACCUAACGCUGAGUUUUGUGGUUUUUAUAAGGAGUAGCACAUUUAUUCUGUUUCAAUUUAGUUAAAUGAAUACUUUGCUAGCUAGCUACCUUUUUAGCUAAAUUAGUGUGCCGCUCGCCGUAUUUUUGCUAGCUUGCUAGCUCGAUAACGCGCUAUCUUCCCGUCCAGUGAACGCAGAUAAGAGGCUUGCAUUCGCGGAUUUGCAAGUGAGCUAACACAUUAGCUACGAAAAUGUCGGAUUUUGACGAAUUCGAGAGACAGCUGUCUGAAAACAAACAAGAAUCAUCUCAUCCACACACCGGUUUUUUACUUCCUGCAGCGGAGAGAGACAAGGAAAACCGUCACCACCGCCGAUCCCCCUCACGCAGCCGCAGCAGGGAGCGAAAGAGGCGAAGCAGGGACAGGGACAGACGUAGCCGAGAUCGCCGUGGGGACAGCAAAGAGAGACGGCAGAGACGCAGCUCCCCCGCUCUCAACCAACCCCAAGAGAUUGCUGUAAGCCGCUCUCCGCACCGCGAGAAGAAGAAGAACAAGGUGAAGAAGUACUGGGAUGUCCCUCCGCCCGGGUUCGAACACAUCACCCCCAUGCAGUACAAAGCCAUGCAGGCUGCGGGCCAGAUCCCAGCCACGGCCCUCCUACCCACCAUGACCCCCGACGGCCUGGCCGUAACCCCCACCCCCGUGCCCGUGGUGGGCAGCCAGAUGACCCGGCAGGCCCGCAGGCUGUACGUGGGCAACAUCCCCUUUGGCAUCACAGAGGAGUCCAUGAUGGAUUUCUUCAACGCUCAGAUGCGUCUGGGCGGACUCACUCAGGCCCCUGGAAACCCAGUCCUCGCCGUGCAGAUCAACCAGGACAAGAACUUUGCCUUCCUGGAGUUCCGCUCUGUGGAUGAGACGACCCAGGCCAUGGCGUUCGACGGCAUCAUCUUCCAGGGCCAGAGUCUGAAGAUUCGCCGUCCCCACGACUACCAGCCCCUGCCCGGCAUGAGCGAGAACCCCAGUGUCUAUGUUCCGGGUACGCCCGGCGUGGUGUCUACGGUGGUGCCUGACUCUGCUCACAAGCUCUUCAUCGGAGGCCUGCCCAACUACCUGAACGACGAUCAGGUGAAGGAGCUGCUGACAUCCUUUGGGCCGCUGAAGGCCUUCAACCUUGUGAAGGACAGCGCCACCGGCCUCUCCAAGGGUUACGCCUUCUGCGAAUACGUGGAUGUCAACCUCAAUGACCAGGCCAUCGCAGGACUGAACGGCAUGCAGCUGGGAGACAAGAAGCUGCUGGUGCAGAGAGCCAGCGUGGGAUCCAAGAACGCCACCCUGGAGACGAGUAUAAACCAGACUCCAGUGACGCUGCAGGUGCCAGGCCUGAUGAACAGCUCUGUCAACCAGAUGGGCGGCCUGCCCACGGAGGUGCUGUGCCUGAUGAACAUGGUGGCUCCUGAGGAGCUGCUGGACGACGAGGAGUACGAGGAGAUCGUGGAGGACGUGAGGGACGAGUGCAGCAAGUACGGCCAGGUCAAGAGCAUCGAGAUCCCCAGACCUGUGGACGGGCUGGAGGUCCCUGGGACUGGCAAGAUCUUUGUGGAGUUCAUGUCGGUGUUUGACUCCCAGAAGGCCAUGCAGGGGCUUACAGGAAGGAAGUUUGCCAACCGGGUGGUGGUGACCAAAUACUGCGACCCCGACGCCUACCAUCGCCGAGACUUCUGGUAGAGGAGGCUGGAAGAGAAGAGGGGGGGAUGAGGGGCAGAAAGGAGGGAGGAAUGGAUGUCCCAGGUUUUAGUUGACUUCCAGCCUGUGUCUUUAGGCACUCGUGCAGGGAUGAACUCCCAAGGCUUUUGGUGUCAAAGCUUCCCAGCUUUUCCGCAGGCACCUUUUUAAGCUGUAUUUGUUCCAUACCUGCAGGAAAUGUCUAAAGGUGAAGGCUCCGGGGCAGUUAGGAGCUGUGGAGACGAGUGCAGGGGGAGGGUUUCUAUUCAACUAAACGGGAGGGGCUUGGGGGGGGGGGGGUUUACUGGGGUCGGAAGAUUUUUGAGAAUUGUGUGUAGAAAUGGGUAAGGGAGGGGCUUAAACGAUUUUUAUACUUUGUGAGAAAGGGAUGUCAUUAUUGGGGGGGAGGGGGUGCCACACACUGAGGUUUGUAUUUAAGUGAAGAGGGGUAGCCUGUUUCAGUACUUCAGAGGGCAGGAGGGCGUGCGGAGGCUGGAGAGGCAGGGUGGCUACGUGGUUUUGGGAGGAGUUGCGGGCAUUGAGGAUUGACAGUUGGAAGUUCCACCCACUGAUGCAGAAACAUCAUGAGGGAUUGGGGGGUGAUUGAUAAGUGGGCCCUUAUUUCAUCAACAAUUUUUCAGGUUUGAAUUAGUUUUGUUUCUUCAUCUGGCUACACUCAUCCUUCCAUACGUGUGUGUGUGUGUGUGUGUGGCUGUCAUUAGGGGAAGCUUUAACCGUGUUUAUGUAGGACUGUAAAGAUCUGAAUGUCAAUGUUCAUCUGUUCAAUACUGUAAUUGACUAGCUACGCUGAUCUGACUUGCGACAUCUUAGAUGCAGUUUCUGAGGGUGAAUUUGGAAGUACGGUGCGUUUGAACAGUGCCCACAUGUUGUGGUGUUUUUGUUUGAUAUUUGGUUUAAAAAAAACAAAAAAAAGAAGCCAAAAAAAAGUUUCCUUCACCAUCUUGUCAAUUUCACCAUCUCCAUUAUUAGCAGGUGAUCUUUCCUCUUCACUGUCACCCCGCAGAGGAGCUAGAGAGAAUCACAUGUUAAUGAACUGGGAAAGUAUGUUUUUUUAUUUUAUUAGCUCUUGAUUUUUAAGAAGCAUAAAUCAAAUAGGUAGUGAGGAAGGAUCUGUCUAGCCCUGACUAAAAGCCUUAAUGUUACGUUUUCAUGUCAUGGUCUGAUAAGGUAGAAAAUAGGUCACCCCUCGAUCUGUCUUUGAAUAUGUCUAUACAUGUCAGCAUUUCAUGGCUUAGAAUUGUUUAAUUUGGCAAAUACCUAAGUAACUAAUGCAUCGCUUUGUAAGAUUCUUUUUUUUUUGCGUCCUAUUUCAAACUGAUCUUUGUGGGAUGGAAGCAAGAAAUUUCUUGGACCUGGUUGUUUUUGUGUGCUACAUCUCACUCUCACCAGACAAAAUAAACAUAAAUAUGAAUACCAA